CUCUAUGGUUGUAACCUAAAUUUCAGAAAAUGUGUCUCGCUCAUUUUCGUGGCAAUAAUACGAAGCGAGGAAGAGUAAUAAACUGAUUGAAAUUGUGAAUGUUUAUUGUAAUUAACCUGAGCUGACUAAUGUCAAGGAGCAGUCAACAUUAUUGGCGGCAUCGUCUAAAGAUUUGCGAAAAAAUAUAUGGAACUCGAAAUGUACAUAAGCAGUGAAUUGUUUAACAAUUUUGUAUAAAAGGAAAUGAUACAUCACAAAAAUCUCGAUUUAAUUAUAUAUACAGUGUAUACUUUUGGAAAUAAAAAUUAAGAAUUUGCUCUAACAACAGCUGAAAAUAUAUUAGAACAUUGAUUCAUCUAGAUGCGAUUAUUAUUUUUCUAACUUUGUUAAGAUGCUAAAUCAACAACAUCCUCUCUUAAGCACUAUAGAUUCAUAUAUAGAGCCACUUUUGAAGCGUGUUUUGCAAACCAAAAGACUUGGAGUAUGUUGUGGCCUGAUAAAAUUGGAUUCGGUUUCAUCGAGUUGUAAUAAAAGCAAAAAUGAUUGCUUCAAGUUAUCAAUUCCCUAUGCUGGAGAGCAUCUCGUCUGGAGCGUCUUAUUCGAUUCACAAUAUCCUGAGAUGGGCCCAGACUUUAUAUUUAACGAUCAAAGUUUCCUAGCAGAUCCAGAUAUUAACACUUUAUCUACUUGGAUACCUAGUCUUACUAAGUGGAAUCCUAAUGACAUCGAUGCACUACUCAAUGUGCUAAGUGAAUUAUUAUUGUAUUACAAAGAACAUCAGCUACAUUUACUUGGAAAACAGGGAGAUCGUUUGCAAUUUGAAUACAGCACACUUGUUGGUGAAACAGAAAUAUCUAGAGAAGAUAUAGAAGUGAUAAUGUUACCAUUAGGAACAAAACCUACAGAAGCAAGAUUUUUGAUUCGCAUAGUUAUGGAUUAUUCUCGAUUACCUCCGCGUAUUAAUAAAUCACAGAAUGACGAAGCUAUGCUCAUUAUCAUGUUUUACGGGCCAGAUUGGAAUCGUAUUAUACCGCAACUUUAUCUAUCUAAGACCUUGGAAGAUAUUUUCGGUGGGCCCGAAUCAUUGCAUAUUCCACCAUUUCCAUCUAGUAAAUAUCUAAUGGAUUAUGUCCCUGAAGUAAAGAAAUUUAUAGACGAGAAGAUACACAAUGUAGUUCAAAGUUUCGAAAGCAGGAAAAGUUUUAUUACAGUUUUAAUUGUAUCGCAACGUGGGAGCAUAUUGGAAUAUGAUGCAAUAGAAUUUAAUUGGAUUAGUAUGCUAUUGGAGCACCGAGACUUUCAUUUUCUCAUACAUUUUCAUCUCCCAUCAACAUUUCCAAAAGAGAAGCCACAAAUCACAUUACAAUCAGUAUAUCACAUGACAUCACAAGGUACCUUGUACAAAGAAGUGUUGGAUGAUACACCGUAUAGUCCUAGAUGGCAGAUAAUACUGAUGGUUGAUAAAUUGUUGACAUACAUAAUGGAGAAUGCAGUUCAAAAGUUUCAGGCAAAUUCGAUGAAAAAUCGUUUUUAAUAAUUUAUUCUGAAAGUAUAUUUUAUUACAGAAUGUAUAUA